AUGCCUCGGCUCCUGAGAGAUGUCCUCUCUGUAAUUGAGACAUUCCACAAAUAUGCCAGUGAGGACAGUAACGGGGCCACACUGACUGGCAGAGAGCUGAAACAACUCCUCCAGGGCGAGUUUGGGGACUUUUUUCAGCCAUGUGUCCUUCAUGCUGUGGAAAAAAAUUCAAAUCUUCUGAAUAUUGACAGUAAUGGCAUCAUCAGUUUUGAUGAAUUUGUUCUUGCAAUCUUCAACUUGUUGAACCUCUGUUAUCUUGACAUACAAUUGUUACUAAGUUCAGAACUAAGACAGGUGACUAAACCAGAGAAGGAGAAGCCAGAUGAUGUGGAUCUUCAGGCAACCACUGGAGAUGGUCAGUGGACAGCGGGAACUUCACCAACUCAAGAAGAGAGGAUGCUUUCUUCAGGAAUGGCAUCAUUAUCUCAGCUCAUGCCUGAAGAAAGUGGAGCAGUUGGAAACAACAGAGUGGACCCAUGGAGAGAAGCCAAGACUCACAACUUUCCAGGAGAAGCAUCUGAAUACAAUGACCCUAAGAACCAACACCUGAAAGGAGAUGAACAGAUUCAGGAAGUGGCCCAAGAUGUACAAACAACAGAAGACAAUGAAGGCCAACUUAAGACAAAUAAGCCAAUGGCAGGAUCAAAACAGACCAGUAGUCCCACAAAGAGGAAAGGACAAGAAAAGAAGAUCUCCCGGGAGGGAGAUGAACCAGUCAGAGAGCAAAGUGUCUCCAAGAUAAGAGACCAGUUUGGAGAACAAGAAGGAAACUUGGAAACCCAAAAUUCACCACCAGAAGAAGCAACACAAAGACCAUCUGAAGAUCAGGAAGUUAGAACAGAAAAGGAGAAAUACUCCAAUACACAAGAACCACCCCUGCAAGGAGAAGAUGAACCCAGUUCAGAGCAUGCUGACCUGCCAGAACAAGCUGCUGCCAGGACACUAUCUCAGACACAGAAAUCAACUGAUCCCAAGGAUAUCUGUAGAACAUUUGACACUCAAGAACCAGGAAAGGAUGCUGACCAGACACCAGCUGAGACAAAGAAUUCGGGUGAACUUGAGGAUUAUGGCAGAACAUCUGAGACCCAAGAAAAAGAAAGUGAAACAAAGGACCUGCCAGUCCAAGGUGGUAGCAGAAAUGGUUCGGAAACAUCUGACAUGAGAGAUGAAAGGAAAGAGAGGAGAGGCCCUGAGACCCAUGAAACAGCAGGGCAGAAAGAACGUGACAGAAAAGCUCGGCCACUAGUCCUGGAAACCCAAACACGGGAUGGGCAGUAUCAGGAAUUCCAAGGAUUAUCAAAAUCAAAAGAUGCUGAAAAGGGUUCUGAGACACAAUAUCUAAGCUCAGAAGGAGGAGAUCAGACUCACCCUGAACUUGAAGGAACGGCAGUCUCAGAAGAGGCAGAACACACCAAAGAAGGCACAACAGAAGCAUUUGUGAACAGCAAAAAUGCACUUGCAGCAGCAAGGACACUGGGGGCAAGAGAAAGCACACAAGAUUUAGCACCACUUGAGAAGCAGUCUGCAGGAGAAAAUAGUAGGGUCACCAAGACUCAUGACAAACCAGUUGAGGAGGAGGAUGGUUACCAGGGGGAGGACCCUGAGUCACCAUUCACACAGAAUGAUGAGGGGUCUUCUGAAACUCCCAGUAGCCUGGCUUCAGCGGAAGAUAACAGCAGCUCAGAGACAGGUGAACUGCCUGUGCAAGGGGCCUCCAAGAGUCAAGGGGACCCACAUGGAGAGUCUGUGCAAGGAGGUCACAAUAAUAACCCAGAUACCCAGAGGCAGGAAACACCUGGUGAGAAAAACAGAGCUCAGGAGGCAGUGGUGCCGGCAGUCAGAGGAGAGGAUGUACAGCUCACAGAGGACCAGGAACAGCCUUCCAGAGGAGAACACAAGUAUCAAGGCCCAGGGACCAAAGGCCCAGGUGCAGAUGUGGAGCCCAGUGGACACCCAGAAGCACAGGAAUCCACAGCAGGAGAUGAAAACAGAAAGUCCCUGGAAAUAGAGAUCACAGGUGCCCUGGAUGAAGACUUCACUGACCAGCUUUCCCUAAUGCAGCUCCCUGGAAAGGGAGAUAGCAGAAAUGAAUUAAAGGUCCAAGGCCCAAGUAGCAAAGAAGAGAAAGGUAGAGCAACAGAUGCCCAGAACACUAUGUUAAAAAGUCUGGAUGAGGACAAUUCAGCCUCCCACAAGAUACAACUUGAAACAAAGGAAACUGUAACAUCUGAGGAGGAAGAUGAAAGUCCCCAAGAGCUGGCAGGAGAAAGUAGUGACCAAAAAAGCCCAGCCAAGAAAGAGCACAAUUCUUCAGUCCCCUGGCCAAAUUUUGAAAAGCAGGUGCAGAGAGACCAAGAGCCCUGUUCUGUGGAGAGGGGUGCCGUCCAUUCCAGUCCACUAUACCAGUACCUACAGGAGAAGAUGCUGCAGCAAACAAACAUAACCCAAGAGGACCAUUGAAAGCAAGUUCAGAUAGCCCAGGCAUCAGACCCAGAGCUUUGUAGUGUAUCCCACACCAGUGAGACCUCAGAUUUUUCUCUCUUUUUCAACUACAGCCAAGCAUCACAACCAUAUACCAGGGGACUUCCACUUGAUGAGAGUCCUGCUGGUGCACCAGUUCCCCAGGCCUUGGAAGAUAAGCAGGGUCACCCUCAGAGAGAGAGGCUGGUACCACAAAGGGAGGCAAGCACCACAAAGCAAUGA